AUGGCGCCCUUUGCGGCUACGGCGACUGGUGCGACGACGAUCUACAGUACGACCGACGCGACUGACGCUACGCCCGACGCUACGACGAAGACCGGCGCGACGACCGUUACGACGACCCACGGGUCGCCCGAUGCGACCGAUGUCGAUGCAUUGGGAGUGCGCCUCCGCUUUACCUUUGACAAUGCUGAGAAGUACGUCGACAACGUGCAACAGUUCGGUCGUCGCUUUGGUUUCGAGGCCUGCAAGGACGGCAAGAAGGUCAACGGACGGUCGUCCGCCGCUGUCCGCGCCACGCACAUGGGGAAGCUCGUGGAGUGCAAGAUGUACUGCAACUGGAGAGACCCCAGGAAGGAAGGCCUUCCACGGGGUAUCAAGCACCGCAGUGACUGCAUGUGGGUCCUCAAGUUUCGGUACUACCCCAAGGAGAAGGUGUACCGCGUGUACGAAGCCAACUUGAACCACGCGCACACGCUCCAUAACAUGGCCACCAAUGCCAACGGCAUGGUGCUCGUGCAGUGCGAGAAGGACUUUUUGCCGGACGAGCUCGCUCUUUUGGAGAAGCUUGCCGUCCACGCCAUCCCGACGAGCACAGUCCGCGAGAUAUUGGAGCGCGACUUUCGCGGGCGCCACUACGACGACGAUCUUCUGCACCGCGUCCUGAAGCGUGUCCAAGUCGCGCAUUUCGGCUCGGACGAGCACGCGAUAUCGGUGCUCUUCCAAGAAGGCAACCACAUUCGUGAAGCCGGUGGUGUGUUCAACUUUGAACUCGACUACACGACCAAACUCAAGUCGAUGUGCGUGCAAGUAUGA